AUGGCAUGGGCAGAGGAGGAGGAUGAUGCAACCCGUGGCCAAGAACUUCACUGCCGUUGCGGCGUGGUUUGCAGCAGGGCUGUCAAAGCUGUGAUGCGGGAGGCAGACAAGCUUGCGGCCCGCGCAGACAAGUACGAAAUGGCGCAGAUUUCGGAGCAGUUGUUGGAAAAUGCCACGGUGCGCCACUUUCUGCUCGCGUUUGAAGAGCAGGACUGGCCGGAGUUGCUGCAAAGUGUUGCAACAAUUGGUAUCCAGGCGUUGUCUCUGCAAUACGGGCGGUCACAGCUUGGUCUUGGCUCCCUCCGCAUGCUCGCAAAGUGGAUCGAGCGGCACAGGACCUGGCCCAGUUUGGAUGUGCUGACCCGAGCCUCGCGCACAGGACGACGCGAUCCCGAAGCCAACCCCAUGGCAGGGCACCGUCUAUGCUGCCAGAAGGCAUCGAAGAGACCAUGUCGGCAAGGCCAACGUCAUCGGUCACCCCCGGUAAUCCGCCGGCAAGUUGCGCUGCCCUGA